CCCGCGGCGGUGGCCGCAGCCCGGCCGCGUGACCCGCGCGCGCCAAUGGCCCGGCGAUCUCCGGGGCGACGCGGAGGGUCCGCGCUCCGCCGCCACUGCGCCGCCGCCCGGAGUCCGCACUGCAGAGAGUGGAGGCGAGCAGGCGCCGGCGCGCUGGCCCACGUGCCGCGCGGAGAGAGGGACCGGGAGAGGAAGAAGGAGAGCGAGCGCGAGAGAGCCGGGGAAGGAGGGGCGCACGAGCCGGCCGCUGCUCCGCGCAGCCCCUGCGUGCCUCCUGCUGGGACCUCCACCAGGAAGGACCCCGACCCAGAGGCUGUGGAGACCUGGGCCGUUCUCUCCGAGUCCUAGCCCCACCCCACCCCCCCCCCC